GGACCACCUUCCCUUCAUCACACUUCUGACCCCCUUUCCCCCACCCCACUUUGCUUCCUUUGACUCAGAACGCACAACAAAAAGAUGGUAAAGUGAAGCAGCAGCAGAAGCAGCUAAAAGCAGAAGAAGAAAAGCUCAGCUUUUUCUCCCAGUUGAGAAACUCUGAAGACAGAUCCUCUCCAACACCAAUCUUUAUCAAUACAUCAGAAAGUGGUAGAAAGGUCUCUCCUUUGGUUCCAUGGAGGAUUACAGGUCAAGGUCUUAUGGGGAUGGGAGGAUGGAGAUGGAGGUCUAUGAGAGCAGGCCUCAGCCUUCUCUCUCUGGCCCUCAGGACCUCAGGUGCUACAGCGCAUCCUAUGCCUCCUCUCACAGCAGCAACCAGGCCCCUAAGGAGAUCAAGCUCAAGAAGGGGAAGAGCGCCUCUGGUUCCUCUUCCUCCAGGAGUGGAUGGAGCCUCAGCGACCCCGAGCUACAGAGGAAGAAGAGGGUGGCGGGAUACAAGGCUUACGCUGUGGAGGGAAAGAUGAAGGGGAGCCUGAGGAGAAGCUUCAGGUGGCUCAAGGACAGAUGCACCCAGGUGGUGUAUGGGUGGUGGUGAUUCCUUUAGCUUGUUCUUGGUUUCAAUUUCAGGUUCUUCGUAGUGAAGAAGAACCAGGCAAAGGAAGAAAAAGGAGGCACAACAAAGAUUCUUGAUUCUUGGUCACCACUUGUUGUCAAGAGAACUGUGAUGCCUCCUCACACAUGCAGGAUAAUGAAUAAGAUCAAGAAAACAUAGAUAAGGAAAUUUGAUGCCAGUGUAGCUCUAAUGCCUUCUCUAUAGUUGUAUCUAAUCAUAGCUUUCUUCAUAGCAGUGGGAUGAGAUAAAACAAUGUUGUUCUAGUUUGUUCAAUUGUUGGCAUAUGAAACAAUGUUGACAUCUAAUUAUGGGGAUUGAUGUGCA